GAGGACACUACAGACGACGAUGUGUCCGUGACAGAGGAGGAACUUAUCGAACAGGGGGUGCCAGCUUUGACUCGAAUAUUUGGAGCACUUCAAAUCGAGGCUGAUUUGUCACAGUAUCCAGAAUCAUUUGAUUCUGAUUGUAGCGAGGAGGACUUGGAACAGCUCUCCCUUUCACAGACUGUGGGUAACGAUGACGCUAAUCACUCAUCAGAGACCAACUCGCGUGUGGUUAUCGGUGAUCAAGAAUCUAUUGGGGAUGCUGAAGACAACCACGAUAUGGGUUCCGACGAAGUGCAACAACCUACCAAGCAGGAAUUUAUCGACAAUUCUUACGAUUGGCCUGACAAAGAAUUGGACGUCAAACCCCAAAAUCCUAACGCCACUAAAGACCGGAAUCGAAAAAAAGCUGGAGACUCUGCUAAACGGAAACGGGGUGACCUUACCGACACUGACUCCGACGCCCCAUGUUGUUCGCUAGAUAAAUUUCAACGAAUAAAAGACUCAACGAUGCAGGCCAGGGUCAAGUCGAACCGCAUGGAAAUCAAUAUGGUCAGAAAGGGGAAGGCUUGCCUGCGCUGCCGUAAUCAAAGGUUGAAAUGUGCCUCCGACCCUGAAAAUCCUACUAGAAGUUGCAAAAAUUGCCAGAGCAACUCUUGGUCGACCUGGAAGAAGCGCCACAGAAUUAUUUGUCUUCAAUCCAAGGUCUCCGAGGUCAUCCUCUACCGUCGCGGUGGUCUCAACCUCACUCGUCGGUGGAAAGAUGUCGGCAUGCAUGACAUCGAAGACCGCGUUGGUAACGGAUACCGUGUUAUCCACGUCUCCCAAGGACUCUGCGAGGCACCGAUCGUCUUGAACGUUGUCCAGUUCAAACCCAAGAAGGGGGAUGUGAUUGCCCGCCACUGGACCUGCUAUGAGGAAGGGAAAGAGCCCGUCAGGAAGUCAAAAGAGCUUGCGUGUUACUGUUUACUCGACAUCAACGCUACUGCGGCUGCUGUUGAAGAGUACACAGUUUCGAAUGCGUUCAGUGCCAUGUUGAAACGUAUUUUGGAGCCUGUGUUGGAGGCUGCGGCGAUGGAUCCCACUCCCCCUGUUGGAUUGAUUGAGCUUACGUACUGGCGGGCCAUGUGCGAGUUCGUACGGCUUUGCCAGAAGAUACCGACCGGUGAUCGCCUACCAGAAGACCAAAUGGCGAUACGCUUAUUGGGCAAUACCUUUAUUCUGUGGUUGGCAAUCCAACACACGACAGGUUCAUCCUACAUUACGGGCGAUGACAAGCUAGGCAUGGAGCUGGAAACUCAUGACCCAACAUAUCCGUUGCAGGGCAAGAUUUCUAUCCCACGGAUGAUCGUCGCCCAGUUCGACAACUUGAACUACACCCAAGUGCUCGAGAAGUACAAGAAGAAAGUCAUGACCGAGCUUAGGUAUUUCAUGAACCGCUCCAACACACAGUGGUUUGUCGUCUAUUUGGUCCUCUUCAUCCUCAUGCAACAGGCGAGCUCGACUGCGGCGGAUCGAUCUCGACACGCAAGAGCAAAUUUCGGAACAUCGAUUCGAUACUCUAUCCCGGACUUCGUCGAAAACCUCCAGGAGGGAUGCAACAGUCUCCUCGCCCACUGGCACUGGUACGCCAAAGGAGUCUGGAACAGGUCCACCCGGAUUGAUUCAAAAGGAGAGGCGCGAAUCGGUGAUAUGACAGUGGCACAAACCAAAAUCAUACAGGCAGCAAAAUCCGACCCCGAGAUCAUCAAGCAACAUGAGUUUUGGAAGCGUUGGAGAAGGGAGAAUGGCAACAUUUCGAUGAUGGGCGACAGGAGGCCUGCCGAAGACGAAUACCAGGGGAGCCAAAAUCAGCUCGAUUGGGAACACCCCUAUUACUGGAUCGCCCAGCUUCUCGAAACCAAGUGGUCGCCGCACCAGACGUACCAGCGCGAACCUGUUCCCACCGUCGCCACCUGACGGUUUAUACCAGACACCCAAGAACGAAACCACAUCUUUGUUUUUCCUUAACACGAUCCUUAACACUAUCACGGCAUUUCCUCGAUACUAACGACUCACAAACGGAC